AUGACAAAAAUUUUCUCAUCACGUACAGCAAAUCUUAUGCCGUUUCGACGUACAAAGCCAGGCUUUGGAGCUGAAAAUCGUUCAGCUAUUGGAAGAGCUACAGUGGAUAACAGACGUUUAACACAAUUUGGAUUCGGUGGAUCUUCAUCUCAUACAUUGGUACAUUUCACUGAUCCAUCAUCACCAGUUACAUUAAAUGUUUUUACAUAUGAUGAUGAUGGUUUUACGGAAAAUACAUACAAAAAAGUGGAUGACAUUCCAAAUGCAUUGAUAGCAUCACCAACACAUAUGACAUGGAUUGAUGUAGAUGGAGUUCAUUAUCAAGAUGUUGUAACUCAAUUAGCUGAUCGUUUUGAUAUUCAUUCAUUAGUUCAAACGGAUAUAAAAACAACUGAACAACGAACAAAAUUAGAUGUUCUUGAUGAUGCAUUAUUUCUUAUAUGUAAAUUAAUAUAUCGUGAUGUGGCACAUUCAGGUCAUACGGUCAUUGAACAAAUGAGUUUUUAUUUGAAAACUAAUAUUCUUAUUACAUUUCAAGAAACACCUAAAGAUUUAUUUGAUUCAAUUAAGAAUCGUAUUCGACAAGGUAAAGGUCGUAUAAGAAAAUCUAAAAUUGAUUAUCUAUUCUAUUCACUUGUGGAUGUUGUUGUUGAUCAUUAUAUGGAUGUACUUGAUACAAUGGGUACAAAAGUUGAAGCAAUUGAUAAUCAAUUAAUGAAAACACUUAAACGUGAUACAUUAGAACAUAUUUAUGAUAUGAAACGUAAUAUGUUAUAUUUACGUUCAGUUAUUUCACCAUUAAAAGAAAUAUUAAUUAAAUUACAAAAAGAAGAAGAAACACAAAUUAUGCAAGAAAGUACAAAUAUUUAUUUAAAAGAUUUAUUUGAUCAUAUUAUACAAGUUAAUGAUUCAAUUGAUACAUAUAGAGAAAUGUUAGCAUCAUUUAUUGAUUUUUAUAUGAUGUUAAAUUCUAAUGCUAUGAACGAAGUUGUUAAAACAUUAACAAUUAUAUCAACUAUUUUUAUACCAUUAACAUUUAUUAGUGGUAUUUAUGGCAUGAACUUUGAAAAUAUGCCAGAAUUGACGUAUAAAUAUUCCUAUUACAUUGUACUUGCUGUUAUGGCUUCAUUGGCAAUUUUUAUGCUGUCAUGUUUUAAACGUAAACAUUGGUUUUAA